AUGCUAUCAGAUGCUACUGUCCAGAGGGUAGAUCUCCAGGGAUACUCCGAGAGCAUUCGCUGGUCGGAUGAUGGUUCCUUAGCUGUCAAUACUACUGGCUCCUUGACAAUUCUCAAACCAAGAUACCAGAGUGGUGCUUUGAAAUCAGCCAAUGAAUUGUUUGAGAUAGAAAAGCUUGAAAUAGAAAGCUGGCCAAGAAAUGGGCUAUAUAAGAAUCAACCAGCUGAUGAAGUGGUUUCAACAAAUUUCUCGAGCACCGAUGAUUUUGUAACGAAAUUGUUAUGGUCGCCAUUAACUCAAAACAGGCAAUCAUUUCUCGCGGUUUUAACAGCUUCUAAAAGUGUUAAUAUUUUGGAAAAUGGUAAAGUUAAGACUAUGAUUGGUGAAUAUGCAACUUUCAAGACUCAAAAAGAAAUGGAUGACGCUGUUACUUAUAGUUUUGUUUGGUAUAAAAAAGAUCAAGAUUUAUAUUUCAUCACAGGACAGGCGUCAGGAAAUUUGAAAUUCUAUAAGUUUGAUGAUGAUGAAUUUAAAUUUUUGCAAGGGAUAUCUUUACCAUCAAGUUCACCAAUAGUCAAAUUAAAAGUGGACUCGGGUGUAUUGGUUGCUGUUAGCGCUGAUAAUGAAAUAAUACAAGUGAAUGACUUAUUGAGUGAAAAGGAUCAAGAAAUCAAGAUUCUUAAAUCAAAAGACAGGUUUUCAGUUUAUGAUAUUUUUUUGACACAAGAAUUUGUUGUUUUCACAAGUCCGGCAAAAUUCCAGAAAAUUGACUUAAAGACAGGUUCCAUAUACGAAGUCAUUACAAACAUCUAUGAUUCAUCUAUAAUUAUACCUAACGGUUCCAGCUUCAUACUGAUUUCCAAUACAACCACUGUCAAAGUUGAUCAAAACUUGAAAGUUCAAGCAGAUGACAAGGUGCACCCGGUCAAAAUCAAACGUCUGAAGCGAUGGAAUUCAAGGAUUGAUAGUUUCAGAUUGAAAAGCAACACAAUCAAAAUCUACGGAGCAGAUUACAAUUUCAGUGGUGAUGUUUUAGCGAUUCUUUAUGAGAUUGAAGAUCAGUCAGGAUUCAAGUACAAAAUUUCCUCAGAGAAUAAAUACAAUAUAGCAUUUCUUUCCCUAGAUAACAAAUUUGAUAAUGUUGGUUCCUCAUUAGCUAUUUAUCAAGAAUUUAUGUUGACUGGUAAGAUCCCACCAACAACGAUUGAAAAUUUAUCAAAACCCACACCGAAAGGACAAGAUUUCAAGGAUUAUCUAAAAUCGAACGUUUUGAAAGAUGCUGAAAUUCUCAAGUUAAUUGCAAAUAACAUCAUAUCAAGAGAUAAAGAUGCUGAAAUAAGAGCUAGAUAUUCUCAACUACUACUUGAAUUUGUGAAACAAAAUGAAGUGCCUCUUGAAAAUUCACUUGAUCGAGUCACUUACAAUUAUAUUGUCAAUGCUGUCAAUGGAAAUUCCAAUGAAGAGUCUCAAGAAUUCAAAGUUGUCACUGAUAUAUUGGAAGAGACUUUUAAAACUGACAAAAACAACAAUCCAGAUGCUCUUGUUUCAGAAUCUGGUCACGCAUGGAAUAGAUGUGCCUUAACAUUCUUACCAAUUGUAUCAACAAAUGUUAAAGUUGAUCCAGUUACACAAAAGAGAAUUAUUGAUAUAUCGAAAGAUGAAUUGAAUGAGUACGGAUAUUUCACAAGGACAAUAUUAGAGACUCUGAAUAAAGUGAGCAUAUACAGUGGUUGUAGGUUUGGAUCAAAACCAUAAUUUUCAAAAGAAUGAUUUUCAAGGGUAUCCAAAAGUUCUAGCUAACAAGGCCAAAAAGAAUGUUGAGAUCAAAAUUUCCACAUUGAUUUUAUUAUAGUCAAAAAGGAUUGAAUAACC